AUGUCGGCGCGGUACGUUUCCAUGGUGGAGCUGAUAGCCUCACUUCACGACAGCUGCGCUCCGUAUGUGUCUCUGUUCGCCCUUGGGACGCUGUCUGCUGUGAUUGUGUUGGUGACGGGCAGAUUCUUCGUCACACCACGCGAGGAUGAAAUCCGCUACACUAUCCCGGUACCUGAACAGCUGCGUGCUGGAUACCCGGAGCAAUGCAAGGUUGAGGAGCAGGCGCAACAGGAAGAUAUAAUCCGCGCUGGGAAGAUAUACCCCAGUUGCCCUGCCGAUGGUCGCCCUCUCGGAACCCCCAUCCAGCCAGCAACUCCCUCCAUUAUAGAUGCUGCCAUAUCUGAAGCAGCUCGAGCCCAGGUUGAAUGGGCGCAUACGACCUUCUCCCAACGACGCCGAGUCCUGCGCACCCUACUCCGAUACGUUCUUGACCACCAAGACGAAAUUGUGGCCGCGUGCUGUCUUGACAGCGGGAAGACCAAGAUCGAUGCUUGCUUCGGGGAAAUCCUAGUUACCGUCGAGAAAUUACAAUGGACGAUAAAGCAUGGAGAACAAGCACUGCGGCCCUCUAGGAGGCCAACCAACCUUUUGAUGUGCUACAAGUCCAACACCGUCGUGUACGAGCCACUGGGCGUGGUAGCCGCAUGCGUGAGCUGGAACUAUGCCUUCCACAAUUUCAUAUCCCCCAUCAUAUCUGCUCUCUUCGCCGGCAAUGCCAUCAUCGUCAAGCCAAGUGAGCAGACAUGCUGGAGCACCUUCUACUUCACCGAUGUCGUUCGAGGAGCACUGCAGGCCUGCGGCCACAGUGGGGACCUUGUGCAAACCGUCAUCUGCCUGCCAGAAGUUGCUGACCAUCUUACCAGUCAUCCUGGUCUGAGUCACAUAACCUUCAUUGGCAGCAGGGACAUUGCGCACAAGGUCUGCUCAUCAGCUGCUAGAGCAUUGACUCCCGUUACGGUUGAGUUGGGCGGGAAAGAUCCUGCGGUCGUACUCGAUGAUCCACAGACGGCCAGAAGCAUCGAUGAUGUAGUCUCGAUUCUGAUGCGCGGCGUAUUUCAAUCGGCGGGGCAGAACUGCAUCGGCAUCGAGCGCGUCAUUGCUCUCCCUGGAGUCCACGACAGGCUCCUGGAGGAAGUCCGACACAAAAUCUCUAGACUGAGGCUGGGUUCGGUGCUUCUCGACCAGCACACACCAGACAUUGGCGCCAUGAUUUCCAGUCGAAAUUUCUCCAUGCUGGAAAAUCUUAUCACAGAUGCUGUAGAGAGAGGCGCGACGUUACACUGCGGUGGAAAGAGAUACGUCCACCCGAAAUACCCCGGUGGCCACUACUUCGAACCAACCUUGCUCAGUGGCGUCACCAAGGAUAUGCCGAUUGCGCAAAAAGAGCUAUUCGCACCGGUAUUCCUACUCAUGCGGGCUGAUAGCGUGGAUCAAGUCAUUGAGAUUGCCAAUUCAACCGAGUAUGCCUUGGGAGCUAGCGUCUAUGGCCAUAACCGGGGGGACGUUGCGAAGUGCGUCAAAGAAAUCAAAGCAGGCAUGGUUGCCGUCAACGAUUUUGGCGCAUACUAUGCGUGCUCCAUGCCCUUUGGCGGCGUCAGGGGUUCGGGCUACGGACGGUUCGGUGGCGACGAAGGCCUACGCGCACUGUGUAACGUCAAGAGCAUAUGCGAGGAUGCACUAUGGGCAAGGACGUUGGGUAUUCAGACGAGGAUACCGCCAAAGUUACAAUACCCCGUCAGCGAGCAUGGCUGGGAUGUGUGCAAGGGCGUAGUUGGCACCGGGUACUCUCUGGGGUUGGUGGAACAAGGACAAAGUGUCUUUGACCUCCUCAGAGCAUUGUUGCGCAGGGAGUAA